GCUAAAGAGUUGAUGCAUUUAAAGUCACUUCUUACGCGAGGCGCGACACUCGCAUGCGAGUUCGACUAUCGGUUACGAUUAUAAAACCGAUAUUUACGUAAACACGCUGGUUUUGAAUGAAAAGUUGUUUGAAUAUUUUUUUGGAGCAUUGAAUGUUGGUUAUAAUUUGUUAUCAUGGAGAUUUGGAUGCUUAUAUUAUGCGUUCUGCCGGCCAUUGUGACAACAAUAACAAUAUCAUCAAACGGUAAUAGCCCGGAAAGAAAAAUGUUAGGUGGCAUGGUGAUUGAUGCACAAAGAAAACCAUUGACAGAUUCCUCAAAACCAGAAGUAAUUGUCAGUAGGAGAAAAUUGAAAGAUAACUCGUCAAUAUUGGGGAUUAAUGAAAGAUAUAGAAGACUUAUUCCUUACAUGACAUUUUACUAUGCUAAUGAUUUGGUAACGCCUACAACAGAAGCUCAGAAUACUAAAAACAUCGAAGUGGAGAAGGCAGAAAUAAUUGAAGCAGGAUCUAUGAGACCACAUGAUCGUGAACCGAGAGUAAUAUACACAUCUCAGUCACUCAAAAAUAUUCCAAGGUAUCAUGGAAAUAGAUUAACUCCUAUUAAUAUAGCAUCUUCUUAUCCCACUAAAUUAUAUUACAAAGAUGUACCGGCUCCAAAUCAUAACUCCCCGAAAAAUCCUGGUUACCAUGCAUUACCAGGAUAUUCACAAGGCGGUUUAAACAAUCGGGAGAUUGUAUUUGACAGAUAUGUUCCAUCACAAAUUAAAGCUCCAAGUACACCAUUUACGUCUACUAGAAAACCGUAUUUGGAGUUCCACGAAAACGCUGAACACUCAAAUUUUCAGUAUUAUUCACCAGAGCAGGUCGAAUCCCAAAGAUAUAAACUAGUACCUUACGAGCAAACUCCACCAGUGAAUGUGAUUACAGCAAAUAAACUUCAUAGCCAACCGGCAAUUGUGUCUAAGGAUCCUAUCUAUAUAAGACCUAGACCAAAUAUUCACCCACAACAUCUUGUAGUAUACGAUAAUUCAUAUACACAACAGUUAAAGAUAAGAAAGCCACCUGUAACAGUUUCCGAAGUUUAUUAUGAAAGAAGACCUGCAUCAGUUCCCGUGCAACCAAUUAUCGAAAAGGGUUUUAAGCCGAUUGUGAAUUCGCACAUAUUAACGACUGAAGCACCUGUAUAUUAUAAAUCAACAUCAAAGCCUUUCCUAAAUGUAAUUAAAGAACAAAACCAAGAUUUACCGAUAGUUGAACCACAGACACUUGCACCCGAUGAAAACAAAUACAGGCAGGAGUAUGUUAUUGAACCAGUUUAUACAAGUGCAAAGCCAAUACAGUAUGCAUCACCUGAUUCAGUUUCACUGGCAGAGUUAUUAAAUUCUCUACAGAUUAAUAAAUCCAUUCCGAAGCCGAUUACAAGAGAAAAUAUCGGCGCUUCAAUAAGGACUUUACUACAAGUACUGAGCACUUUAAAUGCACAAUCUCAACAGAAUGAAGUCGAGGCAACUGUUCUCAGUUCUCCGAAGCCAUUCGAAGCCCCUGAAGUGUUAUUACAAUCAACUCCUGCACCCUUAGUUACGACAACUCCUAAACAGUCUGAUUUUCAUGAAGAACCUUAUCUUGCCCCUAUACAUACUCCGUCACAACACUUGGAUGAAUAUCCAAGUGGUGGUGGCAGCACACAACGGUUUCCUCUCCCUGUGACGUCGGACAAUGAGGGCGGUACUCCCGGCCGACCUGAUGUGGACUAUCCUAUACUGACAGUAAUUCCGCAGACGAGUUUUGAUUGUAAAACACAGCGCUACAAGGGAUUCUUUGCUGAUACAGAAACUAGAUGUCAAGUAUGGCAUUAUUGUGACUUGAACGGUGGUCAAGCUUCGUUCCUGUGUCCUAACGGCACGAUAUUCUCUCAAGCGGGUCUGACUUGCGACUGGUGGUUCAACGUCCGAUGCGCCUCCACCACGCAACUCUACGUCUUGAAUGAGAGUCUUUACAAGUACAUUUUACCUCACUCACCCAAGUUUCCUGAAGACUACAGUGGGCCACUGGUUGACAAAUACCUGACCUUGAAGUUCAAAGAAAUGGAGGAGCAGUUUAAAAAGAAUAAAAACAAAAAGGUGGCGUCCGAUAAAGCGGACUCCGAUGAAUCUGACGAAACGGACAACUCUACUGAAGAGACCGCCAGCGAAGAAGCUACGGAACCUUCUGUACACCAAGCAAAUGUAGUUGUUGAAUCACCAGGCAGUAGUGGCAAUGUGCAAAGGCUACAGGACGAGUAAAGAAUUGUUCUAAUUGGAAUAUGACACUGGACUAACAGUGGAAUUCAAAGACGUUGUAGGGGCACCCCUAGCUGAUCAUUCACCCGCUGUAUCAAAUUCUCACACAAUCAAGGUUAAUGUCGACACUCAGUGGCUGAAUGAUCACUGGGGAUCCCUGGGGAUGCCCUAACAACGUCUAUGAAUUCCACUGUCAGUGUUAACUGUAAAUAUCUAGUAGGUACGGCUAUUCUUGUAAAGAUGUUUUUAAAAUUCGCCAUUUUGAGUUUUUUAUUCGAAUUAAUCUCUUUCUACUUUAAAGUAGUAGGUAUGUUAGAGAUAUAGGUAGUCUUCUUCUUCUUUCUUCUGGGCCGCACUUAGCUAUGUGAUUGGCCGUUGUGCGUAUAUAGGUAGUCGAAUUGGAAGCUGACGCUGUCGAUUUUUAAAAAUAUCGUUCCUAAAACAUACAAACAGCCGAACGUAGAACCUCCUCCUUUUUGUAAGUCGGUUAAAAAUGCGCUAUAUAGUAUCCGUGCCUCGGAGAGCAUGUCAGUCCCAGUUAUUAUCAUAAACAUAGUCGUCAUCAACCCAUAUUCGGCUCACUGCUGAGCUCGAGUCUCUUCUCAGAGUGGUUAGGCCAAUAGUCCACCACGCUGGCCCAAUGCGGAUUGGCAGACUUCACACACGCAGAGAAUUAAGAAAUUCUCUGGUAUGCAGGUUUCCUCACGAUGUUUUCCUUCACCGAUUGAGACACGUGAUAUUUAAUUUCUUAAAAUGCACACAACAUUAACUGAAAAGUUGGAGGUGCAUGCCCCGGACCGGAUUCGAACCCACACCCUCCGGGUUCGGAGGCAGAGGUCAUAUCCACUGGGCUAUCACGGCUCAUAAACAUAGUAGUCGUCACAAAUUCAAACCGUAUCACACUAGGUGUCUAAGCACCUUAUCACCUCUCCUGAGGUCUGGUCCUUUUAAAAUAGGCUGUUAUUGAUAACCAAAUUCAAUUAUCUAUGGUGAUAAGCUCGGAUCAUCUUCAAAUCAUCAUCAUUAUCAGCCGAUAGACGUCCACUGCUGGACAUAGGCCUCUUGGAGACUUCUAAACAUUUGGUCUCGGGCCAUCAGAAUCCAGCGGCUCCCUGCAACCCGCUUGAUGUCCUCGGUCCAUCUAGUGGGAGGUCGACCAACACUGCCUUACCGGUCCGUGGUCGCCAUUCCAGCACCUUGGAACCCCAACGUUCAUCGGGUCUUCGAACUAAGAUCAUACUGUACCUAGGUACUUACUAUUCCUGGUGAUACUUCAACUUAUAGAAUCUUUAUAUAGAUCGAUCUUAAUCUAAAACGGUACCAAAACAGUAAAGUGUUGUUUCACCACGAAACAUUUUCAAGAACGUUUCUUGUAGAAAUUGAAGCGAUACAAAAAUAAUAAUGAAUAUUUUUGUAAUAAUAAAUUAUAUUAGGUAGGUAAGUACGCUAUUAUUUUAGCAUUAACAAAAUUAUUUUUUACGCCUUUCAUGUAAAUAUGUAUACAAUAGAAAUAUUAGUUGCAGAUAAGUAUUGAGGAAAUAAGUCAUUUGUGAUACCAAGUGUAAUAUACUAUCAUUGCUUGAGAAGUUUACUUAUAAGUUAGGUAUUAAGUAUUUAUGUGUGAUGAGUAUUAACUUAUGUUUAUUGUUUGCGGUUGUGAAUUUAAACAAGAGUAAUACGAUGAGUCCCUUAUACCUGUUAUUUGAUGCUGAUAUACUGAGAUGCAAAAUUAUCCGCCCACUUUAAUAUACUUGCGUCAUAAUAAAGAGGGCAGAUAAUUAUUGUGCCUUUGAGUAUAUAAAUAGAGUAGUAGCCUAAGUUAAGUUUUUAUAUUAUGGAAAUUAAACUUGCCAUACUUAGCCAUGUUUAAUCCAUAGGUAGUGGAUAUAAAAACAAAAAUUUAAUAAUUAUGUACUUAAAACUAGCGGACGACCGCGACUUUGUCCGCGUGGAAAACCUUGAUUACCAUAAAGAGGUUUUAGUGAGUCAACCUUAACAGAAAAUCCUAAACUAUCGCUGACUUUUUUUACAACUUUUAAAGAGGAACCAUUCCGCCAUAUAUGAUUAUUGCGUAACUACGCACUAACUACCUAACGCAGCACUUUUACGCAGCGAACGGAACGCAAAUUCUCAAAAGGAAUGCUUUUCCACAUUUUUUACCAAUGCUCCGCUCACAUCGUAGCUGAUAAAAUCUAUAACCGUCUUCGCUAAAUGGACUAUCCCAAAGAGUUAUUCGAAGUGAUAACUUCAUAUGGGACGAUAAACUGCUUCGUAACGUAACGCGUUACGGCGCCACUCUGUCUGGCUUCACUUUCUCUCACGCAUACGGCAGCAGGUUUCAGUUAUCAUUUGUGUGAAGCAUACAGACACAUUUUUAUUCAAAUCGAAGCACUAGGUUUUGAGAUAGAGAUUAUAGUGUUCAACCAAAUUAACAAACUUUUCACAGCUUCAAUAUUUGUAUAGAUAUAAUUUUGCCGAUGUGUGCCCUUAACCAUAUUGUCUUGUAGAUAUUUGUCAUUCAUUGUGUAACUUAUUUGAGAUGCUAUUUGAUCUCUAGUUUUAAAGUUGCGUUGUUUAAGUAGUACUUAUUGUUUGUGUGGUUGAACUUAGUUGAUAUUUUGCCGAUGAUAUCUAAUAUAUGAAGAUACUUACCACUAUAUGCUAAGUAGGUAGGUAUAUUUUAAAAAUCACGCACUAGUCGCAAAGACUGUAAGGCCUAGUUCGGACUACUUUAGUAACUUAGUCGGGUACGAACGAUUUUUGGGCGGUAAAUCCAUGUUCGUCCUUACCUUACCAGCCGAUAGACGUCCACUGCUGAACAAUGGCCUCUCGUUGCCACUUCAGCUUCGCGACUCGCUCGCUAUGUCAGUGACUUUGGUUCGUCUGCGAAUCUCCUCAUUCCUGAUUCGAUCACGCAGAGAAACUCCAAGCAUAGCUCGCUCCAUCGCCCGCUGAGUGCCUUUGAAACAUUGUUCGUACUCGACUAAAGUAGUCCGAACAAGGCGUAAGGGCCAGAAGUAAAUUAACUUAAUACUCAGUGAUUAAUACCAUGAUGCUUCCUAGACAAUAAUGUAUGAUGUAUAUUAUUGAUUAAACAAUAGUGUAAGUAUUUUCCAACUUUGCAUACCUACUAGAAAAUUCUGCCGUUACCUUUACGGCAGAAUGUGAUAAAAUACUUACUAUCCGACAAAUUAGAUACAUAAGUGUAGUUUUGUGUUUUUAAUUUAAGUUUUUUUAAUUGGGUACCUAAGUAAAAUUAUUUAGGUUAUGUUAUCUUAAUUCAAUAUGAUUUAGUGAUACAUACAAGCAACAGAUUUUUAGUAAUACAAAACGAUGGAUGUCGUGAAUUGUACCUAAAUACACAAAUAUCUAAACUAAAAUUAUUAAUCCAAAAAAUAGUGAUUAUUUCUGAUUUCACAACUGAAUCUUUGAAAAUUAAUUAAUUUAGUUAUUUGUGAAUAUUUCAAUAAUUUUGUUCGGUUUUGUUAAAAAUCGAUUGUGAAAUUAUUUAGUUUUACUUGUACUAUUAGGUAUAUUGUAUUGUGAUUUUACCUACCCAUAUUUUUUAAUGUAUAAAUUUUUGUAGCUACCGUUAAUUGUGAUACAUUUUAACCCAAGAAUGACUAUUAUCAAAUUAUGCGUGCAAUGUUUUAUGUAAGCUUUUAUUUUUUUACUCACCAUAAUAUUUAAAUUUAAUUAUGAUUAUGUGCUUACUUUAUUAUGUGUCUUAUUUGUGCAAUAAAUUAUUUAAUAUUC